UGUCGACAUAUUCUUCCGCUUUCACUCACCCUAGGCUUCGACACCGAGCAAGAAACGUACGUUGGGCAAUAAACCACUGCCACAUGCCGAAUCAGAGUUGAGCAACAGUUGAGCACGGAUGCUUGUCAUUGGACGUCGGCUGGCCCAUCAGAUACCCGACGCGCUGAUGCUGAUGCAAGUCGUCUGCACUCUGCAACAUGCGAACAGAAACGGGCCUGGUGCAGCAGAAACAAGAAGAAGAUGCAUGCCAUUCGGCCAUGGCCCCAUCGGCCACCGACGCAGCAAUGAAUGGAAUGAGCGGGUGCUUCAGCCUCCAAAACCCUUCAUUUUACCUUGCCUUAGCUUCACGACGGCCUCCAUACCUGUCCCGACUGUAGAGGAUUGCGAAUUAUACGAUUCCCAAUGGCACAGGAGGGGAACUCCGUCGAUCACCAGAGCGCGCUCGUAUUCACACUAUGCGCCAGCUUACAUGCCCACCCAAGGAACCCAAGCAUUAGAGUAUCGUCGAUUUCCAACGUGGUUUACUCCAGAGUCCGGAAAGUCAGGCACAAACGAACCGCCGACUGAUGAUGAACCACAGCUGGCCUGACCUCAUCUUGCCGCUUCGAUGAUACCUCGCUCAUCAUAUCCAUUGCACUACGGGCUGCUUAACUUGCGCUGGAUUGGCUACAACGUGGAAACCCCUACCUCAUAUACAUGCAAGCACACACACCGGAUGCCUUGC